CAGGCUCAGCACAGUGUAACUCUCUCCUCUCAGAGUCUCUGUGCUGUUACUGGAUCUACUGUAAAAAUCUCCUGUAAAUAUACGACACCUGAUUCCUCCAGAGUCAGAGAGAGAGAGUGGUAUCAGCUCCAGAGCUCUGAUGGAGAAGAACGAGUCCUCAGUAAAGACCCUCAAUACUCAGCACGAGUUUCUGUGAGAACAGAGCUGACUGACUGUGGUCUGACCGUGAGGAAUGUGAGACGGAGAGACUCUGGAGUUUAUUAUUUCAGAUUUAGAACAUCAAGCGGUGACUGGAUAUCAGCUUCAUCUGGAGUCAAACUAAUUGUUACAGACUUUCAGGUGAAGAUUGAUCAUGAGGCUGCAGGAAAGAGAAGGAUAAAAGUGACCUGUAGCUCCAACUGCAGCCUCAAUGAAAACCUGCACUACUACUGGUACAGGAAUGGCAGAAGGAAGGGAUGGUCACGUGGUGCCUCAAUCUGGCUUGACUCCACCAGUCCAUCUGAUGCAGGCAGCUACUCCUGUAAGUUGUCUGGCACCUGGCAACGCUCUCCUCCAGUGUGUGUUGCUGCUGAUUCAAAUAAGAAUAACUGCUGGAAAAUAACUUACUCUAGUCAUUCUGUAUGUGGCUUGAGAGGAUCAUCGGUUGACCUCUCCUGCUCUUAUGAGCACCCUGGGACACAAACAGUGACUAAAUCAGUGUGGUUCAUUAAAGAGCGGGCUGGUGCUGAGCCUGUGGAUGUGAGAGAGGAUGAGGAGUAUCAGGGACGAGUGCAGUACAGACAGAGCUUCCAGAAUGACUGUAGUAUGAAAAUCACUCGCCUGAGAGAGAGAGACGCUCAAACAUACAGAUUCAGAUUCUACACUGAUGGAGGGGAAUAUACUGGAGAACCUGGAGUCACUCUGUCUGUCACAGAUCUAAAAAUGACAGUUUCAGACACUGACAGUGGAGGAAAGGAUUUGAUGUGUAGCAGCUCCUGCACUCUGCCUAACAACCCCACUUACAUUUGGUACAAGAAUGGACAGCCUGUAUCUGACCAGACCAGUAAUGAACUGCAUCUGCAUAUCAGAGCUGUGGAUGCAGGCAGCUACUCCUGCGCUGUAAGAGGAUAUGAAGAGCUGUGCUCUCCUGCUGUCUGUGUUCCUGAUCAGAACAGCUGCUGGAAUGUGUCUUACUCCACCCAGACUAUCUGUGCUCUCACUGGCUCAUCAGUGGACAUCCACAGUUACUACACUUUCUCUGGUCAGCAGUCUGACCCCCAGCCCGCCUGGUACAUCAGAUUUGCCCCACAGGACAAAGAGCUGACAGCUGCAGAUGGCCGAGUGGAGUUUUUCAGUGACAGAGCAAAUAUGAACAUACUUCGACUGAAACAUCUCACAGAGAGCGACUCAUCAGAAUAUCUCCUCCGACUUAAAGCCCCCUAUUGGAAUCGCACACAUAGCUCUGCUGGAGUCUCUCUCUCUGUCACAGGCCUGCAGGUGAAAGUGGAACCUGUUCCUGUAACAGUGUCAGAGGAACCGACAGUAACACUGGAGUGUAGCAGCACCUGCACUCUGUCUAACAACCCCACUUACAUCUGGUACAAGAAUGGACAGCAUGUUAUCCACUGCAAAUCUGUAUCCUGCUCUGUAGAUGUGGUCAGUGGUGAGGUCAGCUAUACUUGUGCUGUUGAAGGACAUGAGAGCCUCCUCUCUCCUCCAGUCUAUUCUCCUAAAAACACCAGAGCAGUGAUGGUUUCCUCUGGAGAGGUAGUGGAGGGAGAGUCAGUGACUCUGAGCUGCAGCAGUGAUUCAAACCCUCCUGUUCUCAUCUACUCCUGGUUUAAGCAGAGAGCAGCUUCAGACGCACCACUGACAACAGGCCAGAAUUACACCAUCACCAACAUCAGCUCCCAGCACAGUGGACUCUACUACUGCACCGCUCAGAACCAGCUAGGACAGCACAGCUCAACACCCACCCGUCUGGACGUGCUAUGUCCAGAGGAGAUCUCAGUGUUAAGGCUGAUGACAGUGGGAGUGUCCGUCUUUCUGGCUCUAAUACUCAUCACCGCAGCUCUGUGGAUGUGGAGGAAAAAAGGCCCCAGCAGAGCUGAGGAGAGUGAACAGUGUGACUCUACUGCUGUGUAUGGCAAUGUCUCAGCCCUGAUAAUGACCUCUGAUCCCAGAAGCAGAGAAGUCUCAGCGGAUCAGGAUGACAUUCACUACUCCAGUGUUCAUUUCAGACCCUCUUCCUCACGGGAAGAGCCUCCAUUCCUCACUGCUAACUUCCUCUAGACUCCAGAGAAGAAGAGGGUGUGCAGUACGCUGCUGUGAACUUCAGCAGACACACUGCUGCCCCCAGUGAGAAAAUCAGAUCAUUACAUCUGCACUGAUGAAUUUCCGAAGUAAUUUAAUUUAGUCUGUUCAUGUUCCAUAGACCCCUUAUUGUAGAAGCAAGCAGGCCCAUGUCGGACAGCCAGAUCCAAAAACACAAAAACAUAAUGUAAGCAACAGAAUACAAUACUAGACAAAGGUUUGCACACAGUAAAAAUACAUUUCCACAUAAAAAAAAUAGUAAAGACAGCAAAACUGUGGAAUAACACACCUGGAAUUAUUGUCCAGCUACAAAAUAUGACCAUACAUUAGUGCGGUUGACUGGCUCAUACUGUCAAGGACAAACAUUCCAGUAAUGAACUGCUUUGGCACAUUUCCUGAAAUUCUGGUAAAACAAUCAAUCAAAAUGACCAAGUGCAUCACCACACUGGUAACACCAAACAGCACGAAUGCAUAUUUGUCUUGCAAAAGCCGUCAUUUUAAGAGUUCCUGACUGGCUCCCUGUCGUUCUUUAUAUUUCUGUGAAGCACAUCUAAGAAUGCCAGAUGUUUUGUGUUGUAUGGCCCAAUAAUGGGGUUGUGGGUAAUUACCCUGUUCUCUGAUAUUGCAGCACACUUCGUAAUGUUGAUCCCAUGAUGAUCUGACACACCCACAGUGGCUCUGUGACUUAUGCUAUAGCAGCUCUUUCACUCUAUCACCAUUGUUUUUGUAUUUAACAGUUUGCCUAUUGGCCCCUACUGCUUUCACUAGUUGCAUGUAAAGGUUUAGACAAUGACCACAGUGAUCAUAAGCACAAUGAGCAUAAUAAUCAAAUGCAGCAGAAAUCAUCUGGUAUCAAUACUGAGCACAGAAGCUUUCAAAAUGUAUCACUGAAGACAACGGUUUAUAUUAUUUGCUAUAAAGCUCUGAAACACCUGAAAUGUUUGAAAACACAAAAAUGCCUGUAAUGAGAAAACUCUACAAGCAAUGUGGCUAUUUCACACAAUGUUUUGAAAACAUUGAGAUUCAUUAGAGG